GUCUAAUACAGUGAGUUGCCACGCAUGUCGCACGAGAUUUCGCUCUGGCGCCGAUCGGUGUGGCGUGGUUGCGCCCUCGGUCGUGGCCCUCCUUUGCCCUCGUGUCUAGUGUGCAUGGGCCCUGGGUAGUUGUGGCGAUGGUGGACUGAUUUCCCCUUCUUCAUGCUCACUGUCCAGACUGUAGCUACUGUGCCUCCACCAUGGACGACUCCCCCGACGUCCUCGCCCGCAUGUCCGCUCUCAACAUCGCAGACACCCACUACCCGACCAUCCACCAGCCCCAACACUCCCAGAGCCCCGUCCCCAACAACUACCCCACCCAGGGCGGAUACCCGUACUACACUGCCAACGGCGCCGUCGACCCCAGCGCCUAUCCUGCCCAAAUGCCUCCGGGCAACUUUGCCUACGGCGCGCCCCCAGUCGAGCUCAUGUCGCCCGCCCUCCAGCCCCUGUCCUUCGACACGUUUUCCGGCCCCGGCGGCGAGGUCUAUGCCAACCAGCAGGACCGCAACCAAGGCCAAGGACAGCAAGGCGCUGGGAACGGCCAGAGGUACAGGCCUCAGCUCAACCAGCAGCAAAACAACCCUUACUUUGGCUACCCCGACCAGAGGCCCUUCUGGAUGCAUCCCCAAAGCAUGUAUGUCCAGGGCGGAGGAGGCGAGAGGAAAAAGGACUUUUAUCAGCCCAACCACCGCAAUGCCCAAGGCCCCCACCGUGGCCCCCAAAACAGCACCAACCCCUCCCUCGGCCAGUACCCGGGGCAGAACGCCCUCCAGAGUGCCCUCUUCUCCCACGCGACCGGCGCGGGGCAGUACGGUCUCCCUUCGCAGUAUGGCGGCUUGGCUGCCUACCCCCCCGCGCAGGGGUAUGCGAAUGGCUAUGUGGCGAGGUCUAGCAGGCGGUAUGACGAUUCUGGCGUCGUCAGGAGUGCGUUGCUCGAAGACUUUCGGUUGAACAAGCUCAAAAAGUGGGAGCUCAAUGACAUCUUUGGCCAUAUUGUCGAGUUUUCCGGGGACCAGCACGGCUCGCGCUUCAUCCAGCAAAAGCUCGAGACUGCCUCGCCCGACGACCGCCAAAAGCUGUUUGACGAAAUUUACCCCAACGCCUACCAGCUCAUGACCGACGUCUUUGGCAACUAUGUCACGCAAAAGAUGUUUGAGCAUGGGGAUCAGCUGCAAAAGGCCGCUUUGGCGAAAAAGAUGGAGGGCCAUGUAUUGCAAUUGUCGAUGCAGAUGUAUGGAUGCAGGGUUGUGCAAAAGGCGUUGGAGCAUGUCUUGAGCGAGCAGAGGGCAAAGCUCGUGGCCGAGCUCGAGCCGCACAUUCUCGAAUGCGUCAAGUCGAGCAACGCCAACCACGUUGUCCAGCGCCUGAUCAACCUCGGCCCGCCUCAAUCCGUUCCCGACUCGUUCAUCGGACACGUCGAAGAACUCGCCAAGCACCCGUACGGCUGCAGAGUCUUGCAAAAGACGUUUGAGAACCUGGACGAGGAUAUGAAGAGGACAUUGCUGGACGAGAUGCACCACAGUGUGUUGACUUUGACCGAAGACCAGUUUGGAAACUACGUGGUGCAGAGUGUGAUCACCAUGGGCAGGCCCGAGGACAGGGACAAGGUCAUCGAGCAGCUCAAGGGCAGGAUCAUCCAACUCGCCUGCCACAAGUUUGCGUCCAACGUCGUCGAAAAGGCCAUCACCCACGCCGAUCCCGCCGACAAGCGUGCCCUUAUCGAUGAACUCGUUGGCUUGCAGCCUGACGGCACCAACCAGGUGCACAGGCUCUUGAGGGACUCGUACGCCAACUUUCCCCUCCAGACCGGUCUCUUCGCCGCGGACCCCAUCCAGCGCUCCGAGCUUCUCGAGAUCAUCCUCCCCCUCCUCCCUCCCCUCCGCCACACCCCCGUCGGCAAGCGGCUCGAGAACCGUAUCGCCCAGAUGCAAGCCGACACGGCCGGCGGCAUCAGCACCAACGCCAGCGUCCCGGGCUCUGCCGAAGCUUCCGUCGCGAUGCGCAAGUCGCUCUCUGCGAGCACUGCUACAGACUCUUUGGGCGGGGUGGCCAUGAGCAGGAGCGCAACGGGAUCGACUGUGCCGACUUCGCCCGAGCAUAGUGUGGUGACCAUCAGGAGCCCUGGCAAGGACUUGUAAGAUCUGGGGUGCCAUCUUCUGCGGCGAUCUCUUGAUGAGGAUAUCUUCCAUCCAUCAACCAACCAAAAAAAAACACGCGUUAAAAAUCAACACGUCUUCCUAUUGUUUCUCACGCUCUUUUUUCUCACAUUUCUUCUCACUUACUAAAUUUUGGGUUAGCUUGGGGGCGUCACGACCAUGGCGAGGCUAGGGGACAAUCUUGGACGGUGCACAUAUUGUACUCUAGUGUACUCUUGUGCUCGUGUAGGAACCGACAAAAAGGGGGGCAUGAUCUGAAGUUUUGGCGAAUGGGGUCCCGUAGCAUGGGUUGUGCAGAGCUACUACUGUUUUCCUCAUCUUCCAUUCUAUCCUUCUUCUCUCGACCGGCUUGUUUUCAUCUCUCAAUAGCUCCUCCUUUUUCACCCCUCAAUCCCGCUUUGUUAAUUUCGCCUCUUCUUUUCUCCCUUUCCCCACAUUCAUCACUCUUUUCUUUCACUUUUUCAAACUCUUUCUUCUCCAAAUGAUGUCUAUAACGAAAUUGAAAAAAAAGGUUCUUUUGCUGCUGCCAAAAGUCACAUUUCAAAAGGCCUCUAUACUUUUUGCUGCUAGGAACACACAUCCAUGCCAUGAGUUGAUGCAACAAGACGUGCACGUUCCUGA